CAUUAUAUUGUUUUUAAUUAUAAUUUUUAAACUGUUGUUUUUUGUGAAUUUAUUGGUUGAAAAUCUAAUGCAUUUGUUAAGCAUUUGCAGCGAUGAAGUCUCGUCGAUGUAAAGUUGUUUACUCUUAUUUGCCGCAAAACGAAGACGAACUCAAGCUCGACGUCGACGAAAUUAUUGAAGUGUUGGAAGAGAUCGAAGAAGGUUGGUGGAAAGGUGUUUCAUCGAAAGGUAUUACUGGUGUAUUUCCAUCUAAUUUUGUCAUCGAAAUGACUGUCGAUUCGCCACAAAUUACCAAAAAAGAUGUGACGGCCGACAAAAGCGACAGUGACUCUGUCGAGGGCUCAAAAUCAUCGCUCAAUAGAGACGACAGUUUGGAGAAGAAACCAAAACCUAUUGCCAAAGUAGGUUUUGGUGACAUUUUUGCCGGCGGUAUUAAACCCAAACUUUCACCGAUUGGCGACACUUCUCUCGAACGCAAUAAAAAUUUGCCAAAAAAGCCUCCUCCGCCCGCACCCGCCUCUGAACCUGAAGUGGCACCAAAACUUCCACCGAAACCUGUUAGAGAACAGGCGAGAGUAUUGUUUGCUUAUGAAGCUCAGAAUGAAGACGAACUUACCAUAAAAGAAAACGAAAUCAUUAAUAUUAUAUCAAAAGAUAUUGAAGACGUCGGCUGGUGGAAGGGUGAGCUCAAUGGCCGCAUCGCACUCUUUCCCGAUAACUUCGUUGAAAUGCUUAGAGUACCCGAUGAGGCUAACUCAACAUCACGUGUCAAAAAACCUGAGAGACCAACUGAAAAGCCACCGAACAGCAGUCAAAACUCGUCAAAUACAUCCAAAUCAAUUCCAAGUAAACCAAUCUCUUCAGAGAUAAAUAAGAGUAUAACUAAUAAACCAUCAGAAGAGGUGCCAAAACCCAGUGUCGCUUCUAAUAGUAGUUCUUCAUCAGCACCGGUAAUACCCGGAAAAAAGCCAAAAGUAUUGAAUUCGUCAUUAUUUCAAUCGAAGCCAAAAUCAGAUACAACCCCCACAUCUUCAUCUAUUAAACCAGAUGUAGUACCGCAUGAAAACGGAUCAAAUAAAAAUUUAGAUAAAGACACUGAUAAAGCAAAUGUGACCAAUAAUGGCAAUGAAAGUAAUUUUAUGGAUUCAACGAGUAAACCAUUAACACAUUUAACAGCAAACCGUGCAAAGGGGCCAUCAUCUCGACGACCGCCAUCCACUAUAUUUAUACCUAAAGAAACUGGUGAAGAGUCUAAAGAGAACGGAGACAUCUCUUCGGGUUACAUAUCAAUAACAAAUAAAGUCGAGACAAAUGGUAAUAGCCAUCACCAGACCGACCUAACAAAACCAUCUUCACUGUCACAAUCACCUCCUGAAAAGGUUGAUAAAUUACCACCAUGGAUGAUGGAACUGAGGAAAGCACAGGAAAAACGUAAAGAAAAUCCCGACGACUCUUCCAAAGUAGGCUUGAAUUCACCCACAAAAAAUCCCAACAGAUUUUCGGGUGAUUUUAGUAAUAAAUCACUGCUACAAACAUCGAUUAUUGGCGACUCUGAAAGACUCGACGACUCGAUGACAACUACUUCACAUAUAUUUAAACCCGUGAAGUCAACCAAACCCAAUGUGACAUCGAGUCCAGUCACUAGUAGUGUCACAUCAUCGACAGGCAGUGAAACUUUGACGCCACCGCCGCCGACUGUGACAUCAAACAUACAAUCAAAUAAAACAACUAAUAUAGUCAUCAGUUCCGCAUCUUCAGCCACAACAAGUAGUGCAAUGUCUAAAGUUGCCGAAGAAAGUGCCAAUAAUUCGGCGAUUGAUAGGAAAGAAAUCACGGAAUUAGAGAAAGAAGUUCGAGUGUUGAAAGAGUCGACAGUUAGUCGAAAAGAUUUUGAAGAGUUGGCUAAACAGGUGACUGAACUUAAAGAGAUGGUUGAAACGCAAAAACAGUCGUAUAGUAAAGUAAUCAAAGAUCUCAUUAACGACGUGGCGGACGAACGCAAAAAGUUGGCCACUCUUCAGAUCGAGAUCGACCGACUACGCAAACUGACUACAACGGUAUGAUUAUGACUACCCGAUGGUCCGAUGUGUGGUCACCGAUUUUAAUAGGUUUUAAAAUAAUAAAUAAAGAAAAGCUAUAUAUCAUUGCAUUCACACACACAACAAAUAAACAAAAUCGCACACAAUAUAUAUGUGAAAAUCAAGUUUUGUUUAGCGAAAAAAAGUUGUUUACCACUUAAUUUUAUUUAUAUUUUAUUUCAAUAUUUGUGUAUUUAGUUGAAAAAACAAGUAACUAAUCGUUUUUUUAUUUGAUUUAUUAUUAUAACAAACUUUUUAAUUAUAAUU